GAAAAAUGAACUUUCAAUUCUCUUUCAACUCCCCACUUGCCCGUACCCUUACACUGCCACUUGCAUGGUGAGAGCAGAGGCCGGCUCUGCUGCCGGCCGGGGGAGUCUUCGCAUCGUCUGAUCUCGAAAGCUGCGAUCGAGUAAUCUGCUCUCCUCUGGGAGAGGGUGGUGUCAGUUGUCGAUACGCCUGCCAAUUUUCUAGGCCGACGUUUUCACGAGGAAAUCGGCCGGAUAAUGAACGGUAAGGUUGGAAGCGAGGCUUUUGACGCGACGCCCUCCUCUUUGCUGCCUCCACUCGAAUGGAAAUUCUCGCAGGUGUUUGGCGAGAGGAUCGCCGGAGAGGGAGUCCAGGAUGUUGACUUUAUUUCUGCAAUUCAAUUUGAUAAAUCUGGGGACUAUCUGGCUACUGGAGACAAAGGAGGGCGUGUAGUUUUAUUUGAAAGAACUGAUGUUAAGGAGAAUAGUUCUCGAAGAGAUCUUGAGAAGUUGGAUUAUACUAUUUGUGGGCAUCCUGAAUUUCGUUACAAAACAGAAUUUCAAAGUCAUGAACCUGAGUUUGACUACCUCAAAAGCUUGGAAAUAGAAGAGAAAAUCAACAAGAUUCGAUGGUGUCAGAUCGCAAAUGGUGCUCUUUUUAUUUUAUCGACUAAUGACAAAACAAUCAAAUUCUGGAAGGUGCAAGAAAAGAAAGUCAAGAGACUAUCCGUGAUGAAUUUGGAUCAUUCGCAGGCUGCCAGAAAUGACAACUUUGCUUGUUCGUGUACAGCUAGUCCAAAAGUAUCUCUUACAAAUGGUGGGUACGCAGAUAGUCCUUACAAAUAUCAGAGCAAUGACUACGAAUUUUCUUCUGCAGGAUUUCCUUCCUUGCGCCUUCCCAUGGUUACCGGCCAAGAAAUGAGCCUUGUUGCAAGGUGUCGAAGAGUAUAUGCUCAUGCUCAUGAUUAUCACAUAAAUUCUAUUUCAAAUAACAGAUAAGUGAUGGCUACGAGACGACCGUACACAUACCGUCGUAGAGGACCUCAUGAAGAAAGGUUCUUUUGAUGUUUUCUGUUGAGUUUGAGUUUGAGUUCAGUAGUAUGUACUUGUGUAUGAACAAUUAUUGGAGUUUAUGUAAUUUGUGAUUUUAUGUUUUAGUUGUUGUGUUGGAAGAAACAGUUUGAUACACUUCAGUUUGAUGUUAUUAGUGGCUCUUUCAUAUAAUUGGAUGAUGUUUAUGUACUGACAUUAAAGUUUUAAAUGAAUUUGUUUAUGUA